AUGUUGAUUUUCUCUGGCUGUAAUCUCACUGCUCAGUGUUGUGAGAGUUUAUCAUCAGCUCUACAAUCCUCAAACUGUGUCCUGAGAGAGCUGGAUCUGAGUAACAAUGACCUGCAGGAUUCAGGAGUGAAGCUGCUCUCGGUUGGACUGAAGAGUCCAAACUGUCAGCUGGAGAUACUGAGGUUGUCUCUCUGUAUGGUGACAGAGGAAGGCUGUGGUUAUUUGUCUUUAGCUCUGAGUUCAAACCCCUCACACCUGAGAGAGCUGGAUCUGAGCUACAAUCACCCAGGACAAUCAGGAGUGCAGCUGCUCAAACACAAACUGGAGGAUCCAAACUAUAAACUGCAGAUACUCAAUGUGGAUCAUGGAGGAGAGAUCAGGAUCACAGCAGGACUACGAAAGUAUGCCUGUGAUCUCACACUGGAUCCAAACACAGCAAACACUCGAUUCUUUCUGUCUGAUGACAACAGGAAGAUCACACAUGUGGAAGAUCAUCAGUCGUAUCCUGAUCAUCCAGAGAGAUUUGAUGAUCCUCAGGUUCUGUGUGUUGAGAGUCUGACUGGACGCUGUUACUGGGAGACUCAAUGGAGCGGAUUUGCUGAAAUAUCAGUGACAUAUAAAGGGAUUGGUAGGAAAGGAUCAAAGCGUGAGUGUUGGUUUGGAUAUGAUGACAAAUCCUGGAGUCUGUACUGCAGUUAUAAAAAUUUCACUGUCCGUCACAAUAAUAUCAGCACUAAUAUACCUGCUGUCCGUUCAUCCUCUCAUAGAGUAGGAGUGUAUGUGGACGUGUCGGUCGGCACUCUGUCCUUCUACAGUGUCUCUGACACAAACACACUCACACACUUACACACAUUCAACACCACAUUCACUGAACCCCUCUAUGCUGGAUUGAAGGUUUAUUUGAAGUCUUCAGUGUCUCUGUGUGAGAUUACAAAGCAGACACACACACUUGUAAACCCUUUUUCUAAUGUCCACAUGAACACAAAAGCCUCAUUCUGACAGAACCAUUUUUCUAAAUCAUGUUUGAGUUGCAGUGCUUAUCACACAUUGUUUGUGAUUUCAUGUACCAAUUCAGACAGGAUUAACAUAUCCAUGUUUACUAUCAAGGUACAAGUGUGUGUUUUCCAAAUUUUUGCAUCACAGAAGGUCAUGUACAUUGCAUGCAUGCAUCACAAAUGAUGUAUAUAUUUUUUUCAUGAAUUAUUUAUUGAUAUAAUUGGAAUUUAUUAUUAAAAAAACAUAUUUAAAUAGACUGCACAAAAGUGUUUACUACAAACUUGCAAAAGUGAGCAGAGAAAUUUAAAGAAGUAUCUACUCUUUCCUGACCCUGAUUGUAUUUGGGCGGUCUAUAUUUAUAGAUUUUUUAAUUUUUUUUUUCAUCAGAUACUAUUCUUAUUUAAAUAAAAUCAAAGUGUAAACAUAAAUAAUAAAAAUAAAAAGCUUAUGGUGUGCAAGAAAGGGGCUUAAAUGGUAGCUAAGGUCAGAAAACUAGAGCUGUUGUUUUAGCAUGUUAAUUUAAUUAGUUAUGGAAAAACAAUAUGAUUAAAGUAAUGACAUAAUGCACCUGCUCUGACCCAGACCUCAUAUUCCAUUUCAAACUGUUGACAAACAUUAUGCAGGGCAAGACGGUAGUGCAUUUAUUUUGCCACUGCCAUUACUUGAAAAACUUUGUGAUAAGACUUUUUUUUAUUUGUUACUGAAAAUAUUUAUAAAGAUUUUUCUUUACUUUGAGAAAAUGUUUUGUUUGGAUUUGUUAAUGGAAAAACAUGAAUUUACAUAAAAAUAAGAUAUAUACACUUAAUCUUCUCAUUUUGUUAACAUAAUUUUAUAUACAUAGAUGUAAAUUCUCAAGCCACUUUUAUAUGUUUUGCUUGCUGAAAUACAGCAUUAGUUUGGGACUAUUUCUAAAUCAUGCAAUAAGAAGGGCUUUAAAAAAAUGAAAAAAAAAUUUCAAGUUUAAUCUGUUCCUUUGAAUGUGAUGUGUUUUGAAAUCUGUCUUGUGAUAUAUAUAUUUUUUUAUUUCAUUUUUGUUAUUAUUAUUAUUUAUUUAUUUAUUUAUUUUAUGUUUUUGCAUUAUGACUGUUUCCUUAUUUGUUGAUAUAAUGUUCAUAAUGUUGUGGCAUGUUUUCCUGAUAACACCUGAAAAGAGCUUAAAGGAGGAUUUUGAAGUUGAGGGAGAACAUAAGAUGGGAGUUUUUCCACAUACACUAACUGACAUGAACCAGAACAAAAACAGUCCAGACAGAGUAAGACAAGACAAGCGUUUGGCAUUAAAAAGUAUAAAAAUUGUAUUAUUUUUAUUAAAAUAAUUCUUCCUCGGCUGAGAUUGUUUGAAGCCGCAUUUAAACUACAUUUUGGAAGUUCAAAAUCGGGGGGCCCCAUAUCAGUCCAUUAUAUGGAGAAUAAUGUUGAAAUGUUUUCCUCAGAAAACAUAAUUUCUUUAUGACUAAAAAAAGAAAGACAUGAAAUUAUCUGUAAAUCGUUGUUUUGGAAGUGGACUUCUCCUUUAAAAUGCUCCUUUGUUUUUGAUUGUACAGAUACAAGCAAUACCUAAUUUUAAUCUGUAGUGGGUCUGCUUUUAUCUGUUUACGAAUGGCCAUAUGGCCUUAUUUCAAAUUUACUUAAUUUUUUUGUUUUUCACUAACCACUCAUAAAUGUUGAUUUCUGAAAAAAACAAUCAUGUACAUACAUGCUGCAUGCAUAUUAUUGUAGGCCAGUUUUUGCUGAAUACCAUGUAAUCAGACUUUAGCCAUUUAUAUGUUUAUAAGCAACUGAAAAAAGCACAAAUGUCAGGGCAUGUCAAAACUUCUCCAGGGCCCCAAAACCCCCUCAGACCACAGAGGGUUAAACACAGUUUAGUAAAAAUAAGUUAAUAUUGUUAUAAUUUAGAUAGGCUUCAAUAUUGUCUGUUUUUGUUCAGUUUUGCCAAUGAAAUUAUUACCUAUAAAGCCUCAGCAAAAUUGUUGUGUAUCUCUGAGCAACACAGUGCUGUGAUCCAUUCCUGAAUGUAUCGGCCAUUUGAAAGUUAAAAAGUGAUAGUUCAUCCCAAAAGAAAAGUUCUGUCAUCAUUUAUUCACCCUCAUGUCGUUUCAAACCUGUACCACUUACUUUCUUUUAUGGAACAUAAAAGGAAAUAAUGAAGAAUGUUGGUGACCUGAAGAAAA